GUUGUAGUCCCCUGACACAAGGAACUGUGGCCUGAAAAAAUGGUGUAAUGGGCCAAGCCCUCCCGAACAGCAUGCUAGGAAGCAACCCUGAGCCUGCCCUCUCUUUGGAUGAGCUGCUGUGGCUGAGGGUCCCAGGGGAGAACUGGCGGGAAAAGAGGAAGUUUUGAUGGACUCCUCCGCGCGAGGGCCCCAGGAUGGAGCUGCCAGAGCCCCCACCCUGCACAGUGGUGGGGAAGGAGGAACAGGAGCUGCUGAAGCGAGUCUUCUUCUCCUGGGCUGAGUUCAGCCGCUUCUUCGACAAGUGGUGCCAGCAGCGGUUGGUGGUGUUCUCCAUCAAGAACUCCACGCGUGUGGCGCGCAGCCCCUGGGCCAGUGUGCCUCCGCUCUACAGGCUCAUCCACGUGCUCAAGUACAGCUACGUGCUGCUGGUGUGCAAGGAUGUGCGCUCAUCCAGCCAGCCUGCAAAGUGGUCCUCCCAGCCCAGCUGCCCGGCCUUCAUCACCCUCAAGCUGAGCCCGCUGCGGGACCGCCUCGUGGUGUCGGAGUGCCAGCUCACCCACUCGCACCCAGCCUGCCCACGAGAGUUCGCCUACCACUUCCGCCCUGGCCACCUGCUGGCCAACGCCUGCCUGCCCGUGCGCAUAACCAACCGGAUCUCCAAGCAGUUUGUGGCCCCGGACGACGUGCGCCGCUUGCUGUCCCGCUGCAAGGGCCCCGACCACGGAGUCCUGGACGCCCUGCAUGUGCUGGAGGGGCUCUUCCGCACUGAUCCCGAGGCCAAGGUGAGGCUGGUGUUCGUGGAGGACCAGGCCAUGGUAGAGACUGUGUUCUUCCUGACAUCUCGGACCAGGGCGCUGCUGCGGCGCUUCCCACGCAUACUGCUGGUGGACCGGCUGCCAGGGCUACAGGGCACACUGGACCUGCUAGCGGUGCUGUGCGUGGACGGCGCGGGCCGUGCGCGCCAGGCCGCCUGUUGCGUGGCACGCCCGGGCACUCCAAGCCUCCUGCGCUUCGUGCUGGUCUCGCUGCUGCAGAGUGCGCCGGAUGUCAAAGGCCGUGUGCGCUGCCUCACAGCUGGGCCGGAAGUGGCCGCGCAGGUCAGGGCCGUGCGCCAGCUGCUGCCUCGUGCGCGUGUGCAGAUCUGCCGCGUGCAGGGCCUGGAGUCGCUCUUCAGCAAGGCACAGGAACUGGGCGGUGCCAGCUACGAGGACCCAGGCCUGUGGCCCCUGCUAUGCCGCCUGGCCGGCGCCUCAUCCUACACUGCCUAUACCGAGGCACUGGCCGAGCUGCGUGCCCAGGGCCCGGACGCCUUCAUGAAAUACUUUAACCACAACUGGGCACCCCGCCAAAACAUGUGGGUGCGUUUCCGUGCCUUUGAGGCGUCUGAAGAUCUGGACGCCUGCGCCCUGGUACAUGGCCAUCGCAGGCGACUGCUGAGCCGCCUCAGCCCCUCACACAGCGUGGCGCAGUGCCUCCGUGACCUGGUGGCCAUGCAGUGGGCGGAUGCAGCUGGGGAGGCAGCCUCUGAGGGCGCUGAUGGCCGGGGGGUGUGGCUGGAUUGCGAGCUCAGGAGUGGAGCCCAGGUGGAGGGAGGGAGGGGCCUGGAUGCUAGUGACAAGGGAGAGGCCCAGCCGGAAGGGGAAAAGGGGAGGGGUUUGCAGAUGAGAGAUUGGCCAGGGGUCCAUUUGGAGGACCAGAAGGUGAGGGUGCUGGAAGGGGGUGUCUGGAGGGGACCUCAGUUGGAGAAAGAGCACUCGAGAGGGCCAGAGGUCAGAGAUUGGAGGGGAGCCCACUUGGGGGAUGGAAGCUCCAGGCUCCUGGAGAUCACAGACCGGAGGGGGACCCAGUUUGAAUCCAGGAGAGCUGGGAGUUUGGAGGGAAAUCUCUGGAGGGGGGUCCAGCUGCAGCAUGAGAGGGCAAGUGCACUGAAACCCCGAGACUGGAAGAGACCCGAGUUGGAGAUAGAGAAGGGCAGAGGGGUAGCUGUCAGAAAGUGGCGAGAGAUCCAUUUGGAGAAGCCCUUGGACUUGGUUCCUGAGAGUGGAGACCAAAGAGGGGCUCAGUGGGCAGAUGAGGGGCGGAGAGGGCCGGAGAUCACGGAGGAGGGGGGGGGGCGGUCAGGGGUCAAGAGGAGACGGGGCCUGGAGGACCUAGUUGUAGUCCAUCUGGGAGAUGCCAAGGAUACAGGCGUGGCAAAUGGAGAUGGAGGGGGAUCCCGGCCUGUAGGCUCCAAGAGCAGAGCAGGACAAGGGAUAGAGUGGGGGAACACAGGAGGACGGUGUCCAGGGCGGCCGAAUGGAGUCCCAUGUGCCGCCUCCAGGGGGACAGUGUUGGAAGGCAAUCCGGAACGGUCAGUGAUGAGGAGUGAGUCACUGGCUGCAGGGGAAGCCCUGCCGGAACGAGGUAAGGGAGAAGGCCCAAGGGAACCGAAGAGGCUUUGCUGCCCCUCCAGAGAGCAAGAGAUGGACUGGGAGCCGCUGGCCAAAUUCCGAGCAGCCUGUGGGCCAGAGCUGGCAGACCUGGUGGCCGAGGAACUGGCCUUCGCCAGGCAACAUGGCACUCAGGGUUUCCACUGGACUGGAACUGGCUUUGCUCUCAAGGAUGGUAUCUCAGACUUCUUCUUGGAUGGGGCCCUCACGUACUGCAGCUGCUCGAUCCACGCUGCACGUCGUCUCCCCUGCCGGCACCUCUUUGCAGCACGCCUCCUCACUGGGGCCGCCUUAUUUCACAUGGACCUGCUCAGGGAUUGCUGGGGGAGAGCCCAAGAGCCCUGACCCUUCAGGCUCCUACCUCCCACCCUCCAUGUGGAGGACAGGCAUUCUUUUAUCCCAAAGAUAACAGGGUUGAGCCAAGGAGGCCACCCCUGUCCCUCUGGGCACCUCCUGGAUCAUCCAGGGACCUUGGCAAUUUGCCUCUCUGGCUCAAGAGGAAAUUGACAAUGUUCUCUGAAGUCCUGAAGCCACAGCUGUAGAAAAUGCUGAUGACCAUGUUGGGCUCAGAGGGUUACCCUCAGGAGGGAAUGUGUGAGAAGUGUAGACAGGGUCCGGCCAAGGCAGAGGACAGGACAGGAAAGGGGCAGGACUGGGGGAAGGGGAGGACACCAGGAUGUCAAGAGACGCAGGAGUAGACUGGUCAUCCUAGGAUUGGAGGACGAAGGUAGAAAAGCAAGGGAGGAAAGAGAACAAAAAGACAUGAAGGAGAGUUGAGAACAAAGGAGAGGCAGAAAUUUGAGAAAACACUGGGAGGUGGGGAGGAAGGGCAGACAAGAAGGAGAGGAGACAGGAAUUUUAAGAGAGAAGACAAAAGAAUGACAAAGGGAUAUGGAGAGCGAAGAAGGGAGAGGGGAGUGGUUGGGGUAUGUCUCCAAGAAUUUGAUAAUGGGCCUUCCUGAACCUUCCGGUUUUUCGUUGCAAAAUGAAGGAGGGCACUGGGAGUCUGGAGGGGUGAGCAGGAGACUUCCCCCUGGAGAGGGAACUAUCUGGAUUGUUGCCCUUCGAGAUUGGAAUAAAACAGUAUUAUUUUGGUUUCCAA